GUGACGUCUCUUUAUUCUGUGUGUCUGCCUCCUUGUCUAGGCUGGUGCUCAGAACGACCCGGCAUUCGCUUCCUGUCUGAGACGGGCCCAUGAGUUCCUCAGAAUCACCCAGAUUCUGGAUAACCCGCCCGACUACCAGAAGUACUAUCGCCAGAUGAGCAAGGGUGGAUUCCCCUUCAGCACCCGUGACUGCGGCUGGAUCGUGGCUGACUGCACUGCGGAGGGGCUGAAAUCGGUGAUGCUGCUGCAGGAGAAGUGUCCCUUCAUAGCAGAGCACGUCCCCACGGGGCGCCUCUUUGACGCUGUGAAUGUGUUGCUGAGCAUGAGGAAUCCUGACGGAGGCUUCGCGACGUAUGAAACCAAGCGGGGGGGCCGGCUGCUGGAGCUCCUGAACCCCUCGGAGGUGUUCGGUGACAUCAUGAUAGACUACUGCUACGUGGAGUGCACGUCGGCCGUCGUGCAGGCGCUGAAGCACUUCCACGAGGCCUUCCCCGAGCACCGGGCCCAGGAAGUCAGGUAACGGAGGGGGAGCGCCGAACCGUCCGUUCAG